CGCACAAACACGAAGAUUCCGACAGCUCUGUCCACUUCUCCGGAAGUUUUGUUCCCAAUUUUCGAAGUUCAAGCUGAGAAGCAAAAUCUAAAGCUCAACAAAGCUAAAAGCAGAUUCUGGAUCUGAACCAAAAUCCAAAGCCGAGCCAACACAAGGCAUAAAUAUAAAGUCUCUUCCUCUUCGAAAGAUUGUUCCGAGCGCCAACCUUUGAACUAACCCCACAGAGAUUGGGGCUUCUGGAAACAAUCUCUUAUUAUUAUAACUUCUUCUUCCUCUCUGAUCGGAGAUGGGUACUCUGACUACUACUACUACUCCUAUCGUCCCUUCCAUGCUUAAGCCUUCCUUCUCUGAUCAACGGCUUUAUCUUUUUCCCCACAGAAGGCGACCCUGCAAGAAGAAACAGCCAAUCUCUCCUGUUGCUAGGUUGUUCGGGCCUGCGAUCUUUGAAGCUUCAAAGCUCAAAGUUUUGUUCUUGGGUGUGGAUGAAAAGAAACAUCCAGGCAAGCUUCCCAGGACUUACACCUUAACCCACAGUGAUAUCACUUCCAAACUCACUCUCGCGAUCUCUCAGACUAUAAAUAACUCUCAGCUACAGGGGUGGUACAAUAGAUUACAGAGGGACGAAGUGGUGGCAGAGUGGAAGAAGGUUAAGGGCAAGAUGUCCCUACACGUUCACUGCCAUAUCAGUGGAGGUCACUUCCUUUUAGAUAUAUGUGCCAGGCUUAGAUACUUCAUCUUCUGUAAGGAACUUCCUGUGGUGUUGAAGGCUUUUGUUCAUGGGGAUGGAGGGUUGUUCAACAACUACCCAGAAUUGCAGGAAGCUUUGGUUUGGGUUUAUUUCCACUCAAACAUUCCAGAAUUCAGCAAGGUCGAGUGCUGGGGCCCACUUAAAGACCCGUCUGCACCUAAAACUUUAUCAAGUGGGCCCCAGGAAGAGCAGGCCCUUGGGUCGGCAACUUCUCCAAGUAACACUAACCUGGACCUACCACAACCAUGUGAUCAAGAUUGUGACUGUUGCUUCCCCCCCAUGGCCUUGAGCUCAAUUAAAUGGUCCCGAGAACUUCCCCUUCACAAUGACAAACUCUAUAGUGGGACCCAGCAACCAAAUGUAAACUCUUCAGCUUAGCACAAGUAUGAGAUGCGUCUCAUUUUCUCUCUCUUGUUAAUAGUGAUCACAAUUCACAGACGCACAAGUUGUUGGCAGAUACUGCAGAUUGUGUUGAAUAUUAUUGGGAAGGGAAGGAAAAAAAGUCUUUUUUAGUGUAAAUAUCAGAUCCUAUUUUACAUGAAUUUUUGUGAAUGUUGUAUUCAAAAUUAUUAUUUUUAAUAGGUUGGUGAGAUGGGACAAGAUAGCAAGAUAGGGAUGAAUCAGUAUUGAGAUGAACCACAUCAGAGGCCUUAUCUCGUAGAAAGAAGGCUUAUACUUGUAUUGUAGGUC